AUGGCUGAUACCAAACGAGGCUGGAUCAACCACGUAAGAAAUUCACGUCCGGAUUCACGUCCGGAAGCCUCUGACCGCAGCUUCACAUGCCCGGUCUGUGCCGCCGACGUUGCGCCGGAUAUCGAUGCCUUCAGGCAGCACAUUCGCAAUGAUGGCCAGAAGCACGCCGCCCUUGUGGGUGACGCCGACAUUGAACAGGCGUUUAGGAAGAUGACGCUCUCGCCAAAGUUACAGCCUUCUGCUAUGGCUUCUCGUGAUGGAUCUUUUCCUUCUCCUGGGCACAUCGGCAAGAAAAAGUCCAUGUCCCAUUCGCAAGAUUGGAACAACGACAAGGCAGUAGCUGCUGCCAACGCCAACAGGCACGCACGAAGGAUGCAGCCGUCCUCCGUAGCCUCCAAGGAAAAGGCCAUGGCUACCCCGCCAACCUCGCCCCGAAAGUCUCAUGCCCGGCCAAAAACGACAAAUUCAGACUUUGAUCGUCGCAUAGAUGGAAAGAAACCUGCAGUUCGCGAGUUGUGGAAGGCGACGGAUGCCCAGCCGCCAAAACAGCCGCCGAAACAACCGCCGUCUCAGCGUAAAGCUCUGGACCGCGCCGCUCAACAAGUUCCACAGAGACCCGGCACAGAUGGCCCGUCUUCCUCUCAGGCCGAAGAAAACCCUUCUGGAUCUCUGUUCCGUCAGCUGCCUGCAUCUGUCAUCUCUCAAGAGCAGCUUAUAGCUGAAGUACGGGGCAUUUACGCCGGCUUAGUGAUGGUAGAGUCAAAAUGUAUAGAGGUUGCCAAUGUGCAAUCUGUAUAUAAAAGCUCAUCAGCAACGUUGACCAGCGAGCAAUGGCAGGCUUUGAUAGCGCUUCAUCGAACCUUGCUCCAUGAACACCAUGACUUUUUCCUGGCAAGCCAACACCCGUCGGCUGGAGAAUCGCUUCGACGCCUGGCGACCAAAUACGCGAUGCCCGCUCGUAUGUGGCGCCAUGGAAUUCACUCCUUCCUCGAACUACUCCGCUUCAAACUUCCAGAGUCGCUCGAUUUUAUGCUUUCCUUUAUUUACCUGGCCUACACGAAUACCGCACUGCUCUAUGAGACCAUCCCGGCCUUCGAGGACACUUGGAUAGAGUGUCUAGGAGAUCUGGCUAGAUAUAGAAUGGCUAUUGAAGAUGAGGAUAUUCGUGACAGAGAGACCUGGACGGGUGUAGCACGUGGCUGGUAUUUGAAGGCUUCAAACAAUCUCCCUACAACCGGGAGAUUGUACCACCAUUUGGCCAUCUUGGCCCGCCCAAAUGCUCUGCAGCAAUUGUUUUAUUAUGCCAAAUCAUUUUGCGUAGCCACUCCCUUUCCUAGCGCACGGGAGAGCAUAAUGACGCUGUUUGAACCAGUGUUUAGCUAUAAGGCGCCGCAUUUGUUAGACAUUGAUGCCGAGUUCAUCACCGUCCACGGUGUUUUGUUUUGUGGAAAGCAUGAGGAUCGAUUGGGUCCUGCUAUGGACAAGUUCAUUGAGCUGCUCCCUGAUAGAAUCAUCGAAAUUGAUCAGGGUUGGUUCAAGGCUGGGUACCAUGUUGGAAUUGCUUUAACAUGCUCCCUCUUGGGGUAUGGCGAGGCAAGCAACAUGCUGAUGAAGGUGAUUGCCAAACCCCAAUCAGAUGCAACCACGGAAGAGCCGAGCAUGGAACAAGAAGCUACGCAGCGUAGCAGUCCUGAAGUUUUCAACCACGCAUUGGACUUUACCAUCAGAAUCUUCAGCCUUCUUAUUGACCGAAAAGAGGAUGAAAGCGUCUUAUCAUUCUUACACACCAUCUUUACCUUUUUACACUGCAUGUCUGGUUACGAGGAGGCUCUUGCGCCGUUUGAGACCAAAUUUCCUUGGGACCAUACGUCCGACUUUCUAAACCGCCUCUUGCAGCAGUGUGUAAAGGGCGAGUUUAAACCCCGCCUCGACACAGCGGUAUUCCCAGGCCCGUUUGCGAACGAGAAGAAAAAGAGACCACUGCCAGAAGAUUUUGCUAUGCGCGGACUUCUCUUUUCGGAGACAUAUUACCCUACCGGUUGGUUUGAGGACCAUGGUAUGGAAGAGAAUGAGAAGUACUUUGAACCUCCAUCCCUGGCCAUGUUAAGACGAGAACGGAUUUUGUGGAUUGGCAAGCGCAUUGCUAGUAGAAGCAAGCGACUGAAUUGGGACGACACGAAUGGCAAGUUUUUGAUUCCUAGUGCGGCGUGA